AUGCCCCUCGCCGCGACCACCCGCGAAAGGCUGGAGGUGUGGCGGAAUGCGCCCGGGGGCAGGGGGGAGGUGGAGGGGGAGGUGGAGAUGGGGGGGUUUAUGGGGUGGAAUUUGGAAGAAUGCUCGACGAUAUCCGAACAACACAACACCCACAUGAUCCAACACUCCGCCAACGCCUGGUCCUCCCUCAACCGCUCCUCCAUCCACACCCACCGCUCAGAACUCAUAUCCCACCUCGAGACCCUCCUCGACGCUGGGCGGAUGGACGACUAUGGGGAAGGGAGGGGGGUGGUGAUGGUGGCGGGGAAUGCGGAUACGUUGAUGAGGGUCAAGUGGAGUUUGGAGAUGAUGAGGAGUUAUGGGAGUACGUUGCCGGUGCUUAUUUAUCAUUUCCCGGAGGAAGCGCCGGCAGAGGACGACCCCAUCCGCAAAACCCUCGCCAACCUCUCCGCCCACCUCGUCCCCGUCCCCGGCCAAACAAAAGACGCCCACAAACCCAAAUCCUACCACCUCAAAGCCCUCGCCAUCACCUCCUGCCCCUUCCGGCACGUCCUCUACCUCGAUUCCGACUCGAUCCCCACGCGGGACCCCGAGUAUAUGUUUGAGGCGCCAAACUAUAAGAGGCUGGGGGUGUGGAUGACGCCGGAUUAUUGGAAGACGGGGGCGAAUAAUCCGAUAUGGGCGAUUUUGGGGGUCAAGUGUAGGAAUGAGUGGGAGAUGGAGACGGGGCAGAUGUUUGUUGAUAAGAAACGGCACUUGGACGUCUUUCUGCUCUGGUUCACAUUCUCCGACGGCGACAAGGACAUCUUCCGCUGGGCCCUCCUCGCCCUGCGCAAACGCUGGGCCAUCCCCGGCCGGUGGGUCGGCGCCGCCGCGCUGCCGUCCGGUACCGCCUCGGGCGAUUUCUGCGCGCACACGAUGCUGCAGCACGAUUCGUGGGGCGCGCCCUUGUUUGUGCACUACAACCUCCUGAAACAGAUCCCCUCUGGCGUCGGGCGCGGGUUCUCGUGGGGCCGCACCAAACAACUGCCGUUGUUUAAUACGUGGCCUGCGACGCCGGGGACGGCGAGGCUGGGGGAGCCGGGGGUGAAGCCGGAUGAUGGGGGGGAGAGGGGGCUGGGGGAUGAGGAUUGUGAUAUGUUGGCGGAUGCGGGGGAGGAUGGGAGGGCGAGGGCGCGGGGGAAAGAGAUGGUUAUGCGGCGGGCGGCGAGGGAGAGGGGGGUUAGAGUCAGGUAUCAUGGGGGGUGGAUCAGCGCGCUUUGUAUCGAUCUCGAGUAUAUCGACCCCCGGCCGCAAGAACGACAGGACGAAGAUGAUGAAGCGAGGGAAGCGAGGGAGGCGAUCGCUGCUGCUGCUGCUGCUGCUGCCGCCGAGUCGGAAUCGGCUGCCCCCGAGGCCCCCGAGGCCCGCGAUACCAAGGACGAGGACGGAUCGCGCCCCCACUCUCGCUCUGCAUCCGACUCGUCCGACUCGUCCGGCUCGGAGAAGAAGGACGGUGAGCACGCGGAGGGGGCGGAGGCGGGGGGAGAGGAGGAGAAGAAGAAGAAGCAGGAGGAAGAGCCGUUGUGGGAAGGUGUGGUUUAUCCGGAUUGGAGGCAGAGCCCGAUAGAGGUUGUACAGUGGAGGGAUGAUGAGCAUCUCAAGACGUUUGAAAAGACCUUGUACGACUUUGGGUUCAAGCCUAGUGGACCUGGGUUCUGA